AUGUGGAAUUGAUUUGAUUAAUCCUUGAGGCUUGUAUUAGGAAGAAAAUGAAUAUAAAAAUACAUAUAGGACACUCCUAGGCUGAAUUAUAGAUGCUGUCAAGAAAAAAAGCAAAAAAACAAAAUUUCAUGCCGAAUCCCUGGUGAUAAGUUCAAGGAUCCUGGAUUGUUCAGAGUUCAUUAUAAUUUCCUUCUUUAGCUGCCGGCAAUAGCCAGAAUUAUAGAUGCUGUCAAAAAAAAAAAAAAAAAACAAAAUUUCAUGCCGAAUCCCUGGUGAUAAGUUCUAGGAUUCUGGAUUGUGCAGAGUUCAUUAUAAUUUUCUUAUUUAGCUGCCGGCAAUAGCCAGCCAAUGGGUGUCCACGAGUUGAUCUUGUUACAAACUUACUACAAUGUUCAUCUGCUCUCUCUUUUUCUCCAUGAAAUUAGGUAAAUAAAUACUAUGGUGUUAAUGAAUUCCGGUAAUGCUUUCCUCUUGGUGGUAAUAGCUGCAUUUCUGAUUGUUGGAGAAGUCAAGACGGACUUUGUGCUCCCACCAAAUGUCACCAGAGUUGAUGCCGGCUUCUUCACCCACACUGCCAUGCGUGUACUUUUUGGGGCAGAGCCUCCAACAACAUUUGAAGUGAUGAAAGCAAGCAUGGAUGAAUUUCCAGCACUACGUGGCAAUAGUGUUUCAUAUGCUGUGCUGCAAUACCCUGCUGGUUCUGUCAACCCUGCUCACAAUCAUCCUCGCUCGUCUGAGCUCCUUUUCCUCCUCACAGGGUCCCUUGAAGUCGGUUUAGUUGACACGAGUAAUAAACUUCAUGUUCAAACGCUUCAAGCAGGGGAUAUGUUUGUGUUCUCUAAGGGGUUCAUUCACUACGAAUACAACAAUGGACAGGAUCCUGCUUUUGCUCUUUCCGCAUUUGGUAGUGCAAAUGCUGGAACCGUGUGUGUUCCUGGAAGUGUUUUUGCUACUGGAAUUAGGAAUGAUAUCCUUGCCAAGUCUUUUGAGAUCGAUGUCUCAACUGUUCAGAAGAUCAAAGGUGGUCUUGUACCCAAAGCCUAUAUUGAAAAUUAA